GCAUAUACCUAAUUUUUCCUGUUCAGCGUCAUCUUAAAGUUUAUUGAAUACUUAAAGAUUCUAUCUUUUGUUCAUUGCAAGGAUUCUUUGCAAAUUUAUGGGGAAAAAAAACAAACUAAAGUUUGAUAUCAAUCGUUCAAAGUUGCCCUUACUUUUUUUCUACACUAUUCAUUUUUAUCAGACUCCCCAAUUAUUGCCCCCUAUUAUAUAACAUUUUUAAAGUCAUAUCAUGUCAGUGCAUAUAAUAAAAUUUCAAGUGACAAAUAAUUCAAACCUUUUUUAAAACACUAAAUAAAAUAGAUAUUAAAACCGGAAAGAGGCAAUUUCAUAAAUCAAGCACUUCCAUAGAUUCAGCGAGCGUUUGUUUUUUCCUCGAAAUUUGACCUUUUAAAACUUUAUUUCAUGAUGGCUUUUAAUCUUCUUUAUUUCGUAUCAGGUAUUACAACUGUUUACCUGGAGUUUUCAGAAACUGUACUUCGGACAUUUCCAAUUAUAUCAACGUAUACUACCACAUAUUUGCUAUCUUACGGCACUCCAGUGACAUCAGAAGAAUCCAUGUCGAGAAAUUGUCGAUUGCCUGGUUAUUUAUACAAAGGAACUACAAAUGUAACAGAAUCAGGUUUAACUUGUCAACGAUGGGAUACGCAGACUCCACACGAGCAAAACUAUUUCGUUUUUAGUCUUGCUCAAGAGAACUACUGUAGAAAUUUUGACAGAGAAGAACCUUGGUGUUAUACGACUAAUUCAAGUGUUCGAUGGGAACUUUGUAGUGUUGACGUUUGUAAUUCGCCUUGUCUUAAUCAAUCAUUUACAGUAGAAGUAACAUCGAAGUGUCUGUCUGAAGAACCAGCCACUGAUGAAUUCUGCAGGUGGAUAGUGGUUAUCAUUAAAUGUAUAAAGAGACGGAUCGAAAAUUCUUCUGGUAUUCUGUGUUCUGGUAUUGAACCAAAAUCUAUUGCUCUGCACAAUCAAAACACCAUAGAGGGCUUAAUUGGAAAGUCUAUCUCUCAAU